AUGUGCCGCCCUGUGCAGGUGUACCCGCAGCGGGGCGGGAUGCAGCAUACGUACCGGCAGCUGCGGCGUCUGUCGACCACGGUGGCGGCGCGGCUGCGGCAGCUGGGGACACGGCCUGGAGACGUGCUGGCCGUAGCCACCGACGGUGGCCCGCACCACACGCCGCUCUUCAUCGGCUCACUCCUCACCGGCGUCAUCUUCGCACCCUUCAACCCUACCUUCGAUGACGAUGCAUGCCUAACUUUGCACCGCUGCGUGCGCUCCUUUGCCCCAACAUGGAACGGCCGCCCCCGCCUAGUGCGCGCAGAAAGGUGCACAGGUGUAAAAGCAACGCCAACACCAGAUGCCUUCAUGUACGUCCAUGAGCAGCCGGUAGUGACAUCGACUUCCAUGUGCUCAGCUGGCAGUGUAGCCAUGCCCGGUGGCGAGUGUCAACAAAGUGCAGAAACAAGUACUGACAGAGGUUCUCCUAUUUAUGCCCAGAGGGAGCUGAGUGCUCUGUUUGCCGUCCGUGCCCGCCUGGCGCUGCUUGUAAUGUGUUGUCUCAGCCCUGGUGCUCCCUCGGACGACCGCGGCCGACUUGGUCGCCAUCUGUGGCAGCUGUCUGAGGCCCGUCCUGUGUCGGACGUUCCGUUCGCGGUCCGCGCCCGCCUGGUGCUGCUCCUGAGGUUUUGGCCCUGCCCUGGUGCUCCCACUGACGUCCGCGCCCGCCUCGUCCACAGUCUGUGGCAGUGGCAGCUGUCUGAGACACGCCACGUACUGGAAUUUCUGCGGCCACGUGUGCUGAUCGCCGAGAAAUCGAAGCCGUUGUACGAGAGGUUGUCGCCCCUCGUGGUCAGCUACAGCGAGGUGGACGCAUGGUUCUCGGACAGCUCUGUCGAAGAUGCGGACCCAGAGGUGGAAGAGGCACCAGCGCUGGACUCUCCAGCUGUUAUCCUCUGCUCGUCUGGCACCACGGGGUAUCCAAAGGGCGUCGAGGUUUCACACAGGGCGCUGCUACAGUUGCUGGCGGUUGCAACUGAGCAACGGAUGUUGAUGUGGCUAGAGGGUUCUUUCAUGCUGCCAACUCCAGCUUUCUGGAUUUCUGUCACAAUGAUGCUUCUCAUAUCGAUUAACGCUGGAAAAAAAGUACUUCUCAUGGGCAAAUUUGAUGAGCAGUUGUUUCUAAAGGUGUUACGUGAACACCAGGUUUUGAGCACACUAAUGUCGCCGUACGCCGGAGUGCGGCUCGGCAAGAUGAGUCCACAGCCCGACUUGGAGCCGCUGCGCGCCAUCAUGUUCGUAGGGUCACCAAUCGACCGCUCUACCCUACUGGAGCUGCAGACCAAGUUCCGGCUGAGGGCGGUGCAGGUUUACGGCAUGACGGAAGUCCUGAUGACGCUGAGCGACACCCGAAACAACCCCGCGCCGCUGGGUUCCGUGGGUCGCCCGCAGCCCAGCGUGGAGAUCAAGGUGGUGGACUCGCAGACGGGGGAGGUUCUGGGACCGAGGCAGGAGGGCGAGCUGUGCUUCCGCGGUCCGAUGGUGACCCGCGGCUAUUACAACGACCUUGGUGCCACCGCUGCCGCCAUCGACGAGGACGGGUGGUUCCACACCGGCGACGUCGGCUACUACGACGCAUCUGGUCUCUUCUACGUCACAGACCGCAUCAAAGACUUCAUCAAGUACAAGGGGGAACACGUGCCAUCUGUGCUUCUCGAGGCAACCCUACUGAAGCACCCUGCGGUGCUGGAGGCUGCCGUCGUGGGUAUUCCCAGCCCUGAGACUACGGAGCUGCCCCGCGCGUACGUCGUCGUCAAGAACGGGGUGGACGUCUCUGCCGAAGAACUAGUCAGUUUCGUCAGCAGUGAAGUUUCCGAUCACAAAAAGCUCCGCGGAGGAGUUAUCUUCUUGGACAAAAUGCCAAGGACGGCCACAGGAAAAACGUUUAAGAGGAUCCUGAGAGAGCUGGCUACAAAGGAUGUAGAUGAAUAA